GUACGAGCAUGAUGCCUACACGUUGUCGUGAAUGGCGUAAAGGGACGUAGCAAGGCUUUGAAUUGUAUAUUACCGUUAUGCAAUGUAGUGACUUUAUACGGGACUUUUGCUGAAUACCUUUGCUUUUUUGUAUCACCCCCAGACGUUUACAAGACAGUGGUGAAAUCAGUCAACUGAAACAAUGUAACGUUAGCAUCGCGGCUAAAUUCAUUAAUAGCAUCUGUCGACAACUGUAGCGCCCUACAACAACAUAGUUAAUCAUGGAUUUCGUUUUGAGUGGGAUGGCUGCUUGUGGGGCUUGUUUAUUUACAAACCCACUCGAGGUAGUGAAGACGCGGAUGCAACUUCAAGGAGAGCUGAAGAGCCGGGGAACGUACCAGGUCUACUAUCGAAAUGUGUUUCAUGCCUUCUACACAAUUGGCAAAGUCGAUGGACUUGCGGGAUUACAAAAAGGCUUGGUACCAGGACUCAUUUAUCAGUUCUUUAUGAAUGGGGUGCGUCUCGGUUCAUAUGCCAUCAUCGAAUCCGCCGGUUACAUUCAAACUGACGGCAAGGUCAGCGCGGUGAAGAGCAUAUUGGCAGGGGCUAUUGCUGGGGUCGUCGGUGCCUACAUGGGCAGCCCGAUUUACCUGGUCAAGACACAUCUACAGAGCCAGGCAACGUCCUCCAUUGCCGUUGGGCAUCAGCACAGACAUAGGGGGAUGCUUCAUGCACUGGCGGCCAUCCACAAAAAGCAUGGCAUGAUGGGAUUGUGGAGGGGUUCCAGUGCUGCUAUUCCAAGGGUCAGCGUGGGUUCAGCUGCCCAACUCUCCACUUUCUCCUCCUCCAAGGAGCUUGUAACAGAUCUACAGCUGUUUCCAGAAGGCAGCUGGCUGAUAGGCUUAACCGCUGGAAUGGUCAGUAGUGUGGCGGUGGUGAUGGCCAUGACUCCAUUUGAUGUGGUCAGCACACGACUCUACAACCAGCCAGUGGACCACCUCGGCAAGGGCGAACUUUACCGGGGCUUCAGCGACUGCUUCUCCAAAACACUGAAGAAGGAGGGAGUUACAGGCCUCUACAAGGGCCUGGGCGCUUCAUACUUCCGCCUCGGUCCACACACCAUCCUUUCUUUGGUCUUCUGGAAUGAGCUGCGAAAGGUUUACCAGAAACACAGUUAGUACCUUAAGGGGAAAUGUGUGAGUGUGUAUGGGAGUGAGCGAGCAAGCAAGUGAGGGAGGAAGGGAGAGUGUAGAGAUCACUCCUGAUAGGACAAAACUACUCACACACAAAGCCCUCAGGUAAACAGAUGUCUCAUUUGCAAUGGAUGCAAUGCUAGUUACUUAAAAGAGGAGGCCAGUGUAUACAGUAUGCCACAGGAGAAUGGAAGUAUGUGGUAUGAGGAGAGUUUUUUUAAAUAGACCUUCUGAUAUGCAAAGGGACAGCAUGUCCUUUAGGCAUACAACAAGGCCAUAAUGCAUAUAUAGCAAGUUACAUCUUCUCAGAUUACUAACGGGAAAUAAUGAAUAAUUUUGCUUAAAAUGUUUAAGCACCUAAUAGAAUGUGUACGUUAAAUAUGCUAUCUUGCAAUGGGAUACCAAAUAGUUUCACAAGUUUUAGUUUUUAAAAUGUAUUAUAUUUUAAAGGUAUAAAUAUUUUUAAAUUCCAUGAUGUAACUGGAACAGUAAGCAAAUAACAUUUCUGAAUACAGUAGAGGCAAAGGAAAGAGGAAGGGGUGUGAUGUAAUGUCUUUAUGAACAAACUGUUACUCAAUAUUACUGACUUAUGACUCUGGUUAGACAUUCCACAGUCAUUCUUACAAAGAUUGUUGAUGGGACUCAAGAUUAGAAAACCAGUGCGAAGGUUUGCCAUUUCGGAAGCUAGUAGUGCAACCAAAACAUAUGGGAGGAUUGCUCACAUAAUGGUCGUGGUUCUUCUCAUACCGGCAUUCGUUUGGUUUUGGUGUGAUGCAGUGCAGGGGCCCGCUUCAUAUUCAUUCCCAACUUAAAUGAAAGACAAACUGGUCUUACAUUGGUAAGACUGAGAAACAAUAGUCAAUGUUGACAGUAUAGUGUUGUUUCUAAUGACACUUGCUUUGUCCUUGUCCUUAAGAGAUCAUUUGCAUGUCAGUGGUUUGAAGAUGACAAGUGGAUUGUGCUGAAAGAAAACAUAAACCCUUUGCCUUACUUUAGAAUAACUUUUGAUACAGAGUAUAGCGCUUUUUUGUGAUGCUUGAUAUAGGAAAUGUACUGAUACAGAUAUUGUAAAUCUGCAAAUACAGCAGAUAUAUUGGCAUUAAUUGAACUGGUAUUUGAAACUGACCGAAAUGAAUCAACAAUAAAUUGUGUUAAAAUAAAA